CGGGCAGAGGCACAUCGGGCUGGACUCCGGGCAGAGGCACAUCGGAUCACCAGGCGGAGCAGCAGGCAGCGGGCCACCAGGCGGAGCAGCAGGCAGCGGCCACCAGGCGGAGCAGCAGGCACCGGGCCCCCAGUCGGGGCGACAGGCACCGGGCCCCCAGGCGGGGCGACAGGCACCGGGCCCCCAGGCGGGGCGACAGGCACCGGGCCCCCAGGCGGGGCGACAGGCAUCGGGCCCCCAGGCCGAGCGGCGGGCAUCGGGCCCCCAGGAGGGGCGACAGGCAUCGGGCCCCCAGGCGGGGCGACAGGCAUCGGGCCCCCAGGCUGGGUGACAGGCAUCGGGCCCCCAGGCGGAGCGGCGGGCGCCGGGGCCCCCAGGAGGGGCGACAGGCAUCGGGCCCGCAGGCGGGGCGACAGGCAUCGAGCCCCCAGGCGGGGCGACAGGCAUCGGGCCCCCAGGCGGAGCGGCGGGCGCGGGACCCCCAGGCGGAGCGACAGGUCUCGGGCCCCCAGGCGGAGCGGCGGGCGCCGGACCCCCAGGCGGAGCGACAGGUCUCAGGCCCCCAGGCGGAGCGGCGGGCGCCGGACCCCCAGACGGAGCGACAGGUCUCGGGCCCCCAGGCAGGGAUCAGAGCAGGGUCAGCAACGAAUCAGACAGAAGCAGGAACAGGAACAGGGUAGCAGGAACAGGAUACAGGGCCCAGGAGAAACA